GCUCAGAGCCCCCUCUAUAUUAUGGCAAAUCCACCAGAACAACAAAAUUCCUGAACCAUGACCAGAUAAAGAUAGGGAAAAAAGGAAAAUAGGGAUAAACCUGAAGUUUAUCUCAUAAAUAUGCAUCAACAAAUGGUUCCCUCAUGCAUAAUGCAGUUAGUGACACCCCUUCUUGUGUCCAAGAGGUUCGCAGACUAAGGUCGGUGCCAACAAGUAGAACCAAAUGGGUCACUUUCUAAUUGACUUGGCCCUCUCCUGUCUAUUAUCUUAAAUUAUGUCCACAUCUGCAUGAAAUUCUGCCAUAUAACACUGGCACUGUGCUCUCAUAUGGUAAUCCUAAAUUGCACGAUAUUAUCAGGGUUCCCUGAUUCCAUUAUUCUCUCUAUACUCUUCUAAGAAACAAGAAAAGACCUUCUACAAAUGGAGAAAGAAUCCACUUCAACCUUUCAAUUUCCUCCAGGUUUUAGGUUCCACCCAUCAGAUGAAGAACUCAUAAUUCAUUACCUGCAGAACAAGGUCACUUCGCUUCCGCUUCCAGCACUGGUGAUUGCCGAUAUAGAUCUGUACAAGUAUAAUCCAUGGGAGCUACCCAAGAAGGCUUUAUUUGGGGAAGAUGAGUGGUAUUUCUUCAGUCCAAGAGAUAGGAAAUAUCCAAAUGGUGGAAGACCAAACAGGGCAGCAGCUUCUGGUUAUUGGAAAGCAACAGGAAUUGACAAGCCUAUACUUGCUUCUGGGGAAUCAAGGAGCAUAGGAGUCAAGAAAGCUCUCGUCUUCUAUACUGGUCGCCCAACAAAGUCGGUCAAGACAGAUUGGAUCAUGAAUGAAUACAGGCUGCUCGACACAGCAAUCAAGCCAUCAAGGUUCAAAGGGUCCAUGAGACUGGAUGAUUGGGUGCUAUGCAGAGUGCGACAUAAAACAAAAGCACCUAAAAAGAACGUUGAAAACCAAUAUAGACGAUCACCUGAAGCAUCAAGAUACUCACCAAAGAUUGAGGCCACACAACCUACAUGCACAUACUUCAAUCCUCAUAUGACCAUGGAUCAUCUGUUCAAAGAUUGCCAAGUCAUAGCAUACCUGCUGGCUGGGAAAGAUCCACCUGCCAUGGAAGCCAUCUCUGAUAUAACUGUCGAAGGCAGAAAGAAUGGUAACAGUCUGAACUCAGUUUAUCAUGAAAGUUCUGAUAAUAUAGAUUCUCCCAGUACCGUGUAUUCAACAAGCAAUUGUGUCAACACAUUAAAAAGGAAAGAUUUUGGGGAGAAUGAGUGUAACAUUUGCACUAAGGACAGGAGGAAGCAAAACAAAAACAGAAGCAACGAGGAUUCAAUCGGCAAGACUGUAGCUGGUGAUGAUGCAAAUGGGUACAGCCACAUCCAGUAUCAGGAGAACAUCUUCAACAUGAUUCCACAAAAUUCCAUGAUUGACUUCCAGGAACUUAAUGAUCUGGCAUAUAUUAGACACUCGCAGCAAUGAAGCACGUAAUUGGCAGGACACGACUUUCCUGAAGGUGGUCAUUUAGGAGGCAAAAUCAGGGUAUAGCAUAAGUUGUAGAUAAAGUACGCAGAAAUGAGAUCUGCAGCUCUACAUUUGCAUGUUAAAUAUAUUUCUGUGAUUAUUAUAAUUGCAUCAUGAAACUGGAAGUGGAUAUAUGUGCAAUGUAAGCUCGCUAUAUAUGUUACCCAAUAAAAUGGUAAUGUGAUGAUUGCAAGCAAACAGUUCCUGCUAGCACGUUGGAGGAGGGAAAUGAAAUAGACUAGAAAAAAGGACGCCAACUAUUUGUUCGUAGAUGCAGAAGAUCUCGUACACUAUUAGCAGUCUAUUGUCAGAAGCCAAAUUUAGCAUCUGGCUAUCUAGACAAUAUAUACUUGCCCACAUCAAU